GAGGGAUACAGAGAUCUUCCACUGGCUUACUCCCCAAAUGACGCUGGGGCUGUUCCAGGCCGAGCUCCCAGAUGACUCUGUGUGCAGCCAGAAACGAGAGCCACCACUUUGCAGGUUCUCUCCAGACCAGAAGUUAAGCUGUGUCUUCUGGGAUGAGUCUUUAAAGGCCAGGAGUGCCCAGUGAAGAAUGUGAUGGGAUCACUAGCAUGUCUGCGGAGAGCGGCCCUGGGACGAGAUUGAGAAAUCCGCCAGUAAUGGGGGAUGGACUGGAAACCUCCCAAAUGUCUACAACGCAGGCCCAGGCCCAACCCCAGCCAGCCAACACAGCCAGCACCAACCCCCCGCCCCCAGAGACCUCCAACCCCAACAAGCCCAAGAGGCAGACCAACCAGCUGCAAUACCUGCUCAGAGUGGUGCUCAAGACGCUAUGGAAGCAUCAGUUUGCGUGGCCUUUCCAGCAGCCUGUGGACGCCGUCAAGCUGAACCUCCCUGAUUACUAUAAGAUCAUUAAAACGCCUAUGGAUAUGGGAACAAUAAAGAAGCGCUUGGAAAACAACUAUUACUGGAAUGCUCAGGAAUGUAUCCAGGACUUCAACACUAUGUUUACAAAUUGUUACAUCUAUAACAAGCCUGGAGAUGACAUAGUCUUAAUGGCAGAAGCUCUGGAGAAGCUCUUCUUGCAAAAAAUCAAUGAGCUCCCAACGGAGGAAACUGAGAUCAUGAUCGUCCAGGCAAAAGGAAGAGGACGUGGGAGGAAAGAAGCAGCGACGGCAAAACCCGGCGUCUCCGCGGUACCAAACACAGCUCAAGCAUCAACUCCUCCGCAGACCCAGACCCCUCAGCAGAACCCUCCGCCUGUGCCGGCCACGCCUCACCCCUUUCCUGCUGUCACCCCAGACCUCAUCGUGCAGACCCCCGUCAUGACAGUGGUGCCUCCCCAGCCGCUGCAGACGCCCCCACCGGUGCCCCCCCAGCCACCACCCCCGCCCGCUCCGGUCCCCCAGCCUGUGCAGAGCCACCCGCCCAUCAUUGCGGCCACCCCACAGCCUGUGAAGACAAAGAAGGGGGUGAAGAGGAAAGCAGACACCACCACCCCCACCACCAUCGACUCCCUUCAUGAGCCACCCUCGCUACCCCCGGAGCCCAAGACCACCAAGCUGGGCCCCCGGCGAGAGAGCAGCCGGCCUGUGAAGCCCCCAAAGAAGGACGUGCCGGACUCCCAACAGCACCCGGCACCAGAGAAGAGCAGCAAAGUCUCGGAGCAGCUCAAGUGCUGCAGCGGCAUCCUCAAGGAGAUGUUUGCCAAGAAGCAUGCUGCCUACGCCUGGCCCUUCUACAAGCCCGUGGACGUGGAGGCCCUGGGCCUGCACGACUACUGCGACAUCAUCAAACACCCCAUGGACAUGAGCACAAUCAAGUCUAAACUGGAGGCCCGUGAGUACCGAGACGCUCAGGAAUUUGGUGCUGAUGUCCGAUUGAUGUUCUCCAACUGCUACAAGUACAACCCUCCUGACCACGAGGUGGUGGCAAUGGCCCGAAAGCUCCAGGACGUGUUUGAGAUGCGCUUUGCCAAGAUGCCAGAUGAGCCCGAGGAGCCGGUGGUGGCUGUGUCCUCCCCGGUGGUGCCACCCCCCACCAAGGUUGCAGCCCCGCCCUCGUCCAGCGAUAGCAGCAGCGAUAGUUCCUCAGACAGUGACAGCUCCACUGAUGACUCGGAGGAAGAGCGAGCCCAGCGGCUGGCCGAGCUCCAGGAGCAGCUUAAAGCCGUGCACGAGCAGCUCGCAGCCCUCUCGCAGCCCCAGCAGAACAAACCAAAGAAAAAGGAGAAAGAUAAGAAGGAAAAGAAGAAAGAAAAGCACAAAAAGAAAGAGGAAGUAGAGGAAAGUAAGAAAAGCAAAACCAAGGAACUUCCUCCCAAGAAGACGAAGAAAAACAACAGCAGCAACAGCAACGCGAGCAAGAAGGAGCCAGCGCCCAUGAAGAGCAAGCCCCCUCCCGCGUAUGAGUCGGAGGAGGAGGACAAGUGCAAGCCCAUGUCAUACGAGGAGAAGCGGCAGCUGAGCCUGGACAUCAACAAGCUGCCUGGGGAGAAGCUGGGCCGCGUGGUGCACAUCAUCCAGUCUCGGGAGCCCUCGCUCAAGAAUUCCAACCCCGAUGAGAUUGAGAUCGACUUUGAGACCCUGAAGCCGUCCACACUGCGUGAGCUAGAGCGCUACGUCACCUCCUGUUUGCGGAAGAAAAGGAAACCUCAAGCCGAGAAAGUCGACGUGAUUGCUGGCUCUUCCAAGAUGAAAGGCUUCUCGUCCUCAGAGUCGGAGAGCACCAGCGAGUCCAGCUCCUCAGACAGUGAAGACUCCGAGACAGAAAUGGCUCCAAAGUCGAAAAAGAAGGGGCAUCCCGGAAGGGACCAGAAGAAGCACCAUCACCACCACCAUCAGCAGAUGCAGCCGGCCCCAGCCCCUGUGCCUCAGCAGCCGCCCCAGCCUCCCCAGCAGCCUCCACCACCUCCACCACAGCCGCAGCCACAGGCGCCGCCGCCGCAGCAGCAGCCACAGGCGCCGCAGCCGCAGCAGCCACCCCCCCAGCCCCCGCCGCCCCCACCCUCCAUGCCCCAGCAGGCAGCCCCGGCCAUGAAGUCCUCUCCUCCGACCUUCAUCGCCACCCAGGUGCCAGUGCUGGAACCUCAGCUCCCAGGCAGCGUCUUCGACCCCAUCCCCCACUUCAGCCAGCCUAUCCUGCACCUGCCUCAGCCCGAGCUGCCCCCCCACCUGCCCCAGGCACCCGAACACAGCACUCCGCCCCAUCUCAACCAACACACGGUCGUCUCUCCCCCAGCUUUGCACAACGCGCUGCCCCAGCAGCCAUCGCGGCCCAGCAACCGAGCCGCCGCCCUGCCCCCCAAGCCUGCCCGGCCCCCAGCCGUGUCCCCCGCCCUGGCCCAGCCUCCCUUGCUCCCUCAGCCCCCCAUGGCUCAGCCCCCCCAAGUGCUGCUGGAGGAUGAAGAGCCGCCUGCCCCACCCCUCACCUCCAUGCAAAUGCAGCUGUACCUGCAGCAGCUGCAGAAGGUGCAGCCCCCCACACCGCUACUCCCUUCCGUGAAGGUGCAGUCCCAGCCCCCGCCCCCCCUUCCACCCCCACCCCACCCCUCCGUGCAGCAGCAGCUCCAGCAGCCGCCACCGCCCCCACCCCCACCGCCCCAGCCCCAGCCUCCUCCCCAGCAGCACCAGCCCCCGCCGCGGCCCGUGCACUUACAACCCAUGCCGUUCUCCACCCACAUCCAGCAGCCCCCUCCACCCCCUGGCCAGCAGCCCCCACACCCACCCUCAGGCCAGCAGCCCCCACCACCACAGCCCGCCAAGCCUCAGCAAGUCAUCCAGCAUCACCCUUCACCACGGCAUCAUAAGUCGGACCCUUAUGCAACUGGUCACCUCCGUGAAGCCCCCUCCCCGCUUAUGAUACAUUCCCCCCAGAUGCCACCGUUCCAGAGCCUCACCCACCAGUCUCCACCCCAACAAAAUGUCCAGCCUAAGAAGCAGGUAAAGGUCAGGGCUGGGCCGCGGCCCACAGGGUCAGGCACGGGCCGGGGCCAGGGGCGCCCACCCGCCUCACCGGCCGCCGUGCCUGUGCCGUCCCAGGAGCUGCGCGCGGCCUCUGUGGUGCAGCCCCAGCCCCUGGUGGUGGUGAAGGAGGAGAAGAUCCACUCGCCCAUCAUCCGCAGCGAGCCCUUCAGCCCCUCGCUGCGGCCGGAGCCCCCCAAGCACCCAGAGAGCAUCAAGGCUCCCGUCCACCUGUCCCAGCGGCCCGAAAUGAAGCCUGUGGACGUGGGACGGCCUGUGAUCCGGCCCCCUGAGCAGACUGCACCCCCACCGGGUGCUCCCGACAAGGACAAGCAGAAGCAAGAGCCGAAGACACCCGUUGCACCCAAAAAGGACCUGAAGAUCAAAAACAUGGGCUCCUGGGCCAGCCUGGUGCAGAAGCAUCCGACCACGCCAUCCUCCACCGCCAAGUCCUCCAGUGACAGCUUCGAGCAGUUCCGCCGCGCGGCCCGUGAGAAGGAGGAACGUGAGAAGGCCCUGAAGGCGCAGGCGGAGCAUGCAGAGAAGGAGAAGGAGCGGCUGCGGCAGGAACGCAUGAGGAGCCGAGAGGACGAGGACGCGCUGGAGCAGGCGCGGCGAGCCCAUGAGGAGGCGCGGCGGCGCCAGGAGCAGCAGCAGCAGCGCCAGGAGCAGCAGCAGCAGCAGCAGCAGCAGCAGCAGGCAGCCGCUGUAGCCGCAGCAGCUGCCCCCCAGGCCCAGAGUUCCCAGCCCCAGUCUAUGCUGGACCAGCAGAGGGAGCUGGCCCGGAAGCGGGAGCAGGAGCGAAGGCGCCGGGAGGUGAUGACAGCUACGAUCGACAUGAAUUUCCAGAGUGAUCUAUUGUCAAUAUUUGAAGAAAAUCUUUUCUGAGAGCACCUAGGUGACUUGUGACUUGUUUCUGGCAAAACGUUGACUCUCCAUAGUGUUAGGGGCGGCGGUGGAGGCGGCCACAGCGGCCAGGGGCUGAUUUUCCUGGCCUGGCCCUCCUGCAUGCUAUGCCCGGGGCAGGCCUGACGGGCAGCUGAGGAUCGCAGAGCCUGUCUGCCUUACAGCCAGCCGGAGCGACGGCCCACCACCCGCCACCCCCUCACGGGACGUCCGCCUGGCGCUCGCUCGGACCCAGCCCUGCGUUCUGCGUGCGGGGGCCACACAGUAGACAUGGGACACGGCCGCCGCUGCCACCAUUGACUGGUUUUCUGUUCCUGAGAACGUGACGUUUGGUGACGUCCUGCCUGCCGGGGAGCCCCUCCCCCGCGCCCCUGCCAUUGCCACCCAGUCCCCGGAGGCCAGGGCAGGCCCCCCAGGGGGCUGGAGGCAGGCGAGGGCCCCGGCCCACCCCUCGCUGGCACUGACUUUGCCUUGAACAGACCCCCUUCUCCCCCACAAGCCUUUAAUGGAGAGCCGCUCUCUGUAAGUGUUCGCUUGUGCAAAAGGGAAUAGUGCCGCCGAGCUGUGUGUCCUCGGGACUCGGUGAUUCGGAGCGAGGCGGCCGCCCUCCCCCCCACCAGUGCGCGUGGGCGGGGCCUUGCCUGGGGAGUGCGGCCACCAACCAAAGUCAGUUCCCUGCCCACCUGUGUUUCUGGAUUUUUUUUUUCUAUAUAUAUAUAUUUUUUGUUGUCGUUGAAGUCUAUUUUAUUUUUAACUCUCUCUUCUCCUCCAGACACAAUGGCACUGCUUAUCUCCAAAUGGUGUGAUCGUCCCUCCUCGAGCGGCGGCCGCGCCGCGCUGUGGGUAGUGUGUGACCGUGGCUGUACUGUGUAGUGAGCAUAGUUGGCAUACCUUUGUUGGAAGUUUGUUGGUGACUCCACCAAACUGGUGUAAAAAGAAAAAUUUACAAAAGGAAAAAAAAAAAAAUCCACAAAAACCAAAACACACACACACACACACACACAGCCUAUAUUUUACUCAGUCUCCAACUUUUAUUAGUCUAUUUUUAAUUAUAAAACCAGAAAGCUACGAUUUCUUUUCCCUCCCCGCCACUGCCAAUCCGUUGGUGGCAGCUUCUCUGUGUUUUUUUUUGUUUUUUUUUUUUAAUGUCAAAUCUGUUUGAAUUUUUUUUAAAACCAAUAACGGGCAGGGCCAGGGGAUGAAGUGGGCCCUGGGCAGUGCAGGGUCAAGGGAUCAGGGGUGGAGGGGGCCAGAGACCUGAGGCCAACCCCCCAACCCCCAGCCCCACGUGCCCGGCCCUGCCCCCCCCACACACACACCGACUGCUCCUUCCUCUGCUCGUUUUUUUUUAAUUUUAUAAUUGGAGCCCUUAACAAGGUUACGCGUGCCAUGAGAACCCACUCUACACCACGACACUGGUGCCUCAGUGUUGGCCAAACUCUGGAGUCACUGACUGGUUUGAGUUUCAUACGGUGAAUAUGCAUUUGGUCUGUACUGAUCAUGGAAUAAACACAUCUCUCUUUUUUAA